AGCGCUCGUGCGGAGUAUUUUGCAAAGCAAGAACAAAAUUUUUAAAACAAAAAGUUGAAAUAUAGAAUAAAAAAAUAUUAUUUUUUAAUUCAAACAAAUGUGGUUUCGAAAGGAGUAAUUAUUGUUUUCGGUUAGUUUAGAAAGUUUUCGAGGCGCAAGUCAGCAGCAGACACACGACUCACUCUAAAAUUAAUUAAAAAACAAUAACAACAAAACAUAUUUAUAAAUCCACUAAAAAGUACGUCAAACCGUAAGCAGCGUUGUGUGACGCCGUUGGGUGAAGUGUGGAACGCAUGCAGGGGUGGCAAAAUUAAUUGCAAUUCGCCGACAAGAUUUGUGCAAUAAUUGUGGCAUUUCUCAGUGCCCACGUGUGUGUGUGUGUGCGGUGGUGUUUGUUGCAGCGUCUAAACCAAUUUGUCGCGCAAACGCCGCUAAAUUGCAAAUGCAUUGACUAAAGUGUUUUACAAAAGCAACAAAAAAAAAAUCGUAAAAUUACAACAACAUGCAUAUUAUCUAAUACAAACUUGUUCGCCUGCAUCAUUCAGUCACAGCGAGUUGGUCAAAGUCGGCGGCAGAAAUUCGCAGUCAAGCGCCGAGUGCCUCAGUGUUUGCGACUUAAUUAACCGUUAAUUGAAUUACAAACUCAAAUUAAAUAAAAACAUUUUGUUUUCGCAAUCUAGAAAUAUUACAUCAGCGCCGCAAAAUUACAUAAAAACAAUAAGACUUUGUUACUAGCGCCGUGCACGCCGUCCGUGCUGCCAUAUCUACCAGAUUUUGGUAGAAAAAAUACAAAAAAAAAACAACAAAAACAAAUAUAAAUAAAUUUCAUACUGCUAUUUGUUGUUUCGAAAAUAAUAUAUAAAAACAACAACAGCAACACAGUUGCAAGUGUUAUUAAAUUGCACGCCGACAAAAUGUUGAAAAUAUUCAAGAGCAAGAAAGACAAGUUGCCAAAAUCGGAAAUCAUCACUUGUGAACCGCAGGUGACCAAAGAGCCGCGCACGAAAUGCGGCAAACCGCUGGUGUUGGACAACACGCGAUGGGAGAGAAGAUUACACAAAGAGUUGAUGUCGCUGAUAAAGGAACCGCCACCGGGUGUUACCGUCGAUACCGAUAGUAUAGGACAAAACUUAUCAGAAUGGAAAAUAAAUAUUGCCGGUUUCGAGGGCACCCUGUAUGAGGGUGAAAACUUUCAGCUACUCUUCAAAUUCAAUAAUAAAUAUCCCUUCGAUUCGCCAGAGGUGACGUUUAUUGGCAACAAUAUACCUGUGCAUCCGCACGUCUACUCUAAUGGACAUAUCUGCCUUUCCAUAUUGACAGAAGAUUGGUCGCCAGCGCUAUCAGUACAAUCUGUCUGUCUCAGCAUAGCAUCGAUGCUUAGUAGUUGCCGUGAAAAGAAGCGUCCACCAGAUAAUACGUUAUACGUAAAAACCUGCAAUAAGAAUCCGAAAAAGACCAAAUGGUGGUAUCAUGACGAUUCGGUCUAGUGGAAGUUGAAUACCGCUACCUACCGGUACACAAAUAAGCUGUUCGCUGCACUGACAAACUCAUUGCUGGUACUUAGAAUGGAACUACAACAACAAAUUACGCAAAUAUACACUGAGAGUAAAUUGUCUGUGAAAAAAAUACGCCGACGUGUAAAACUCAAACGUAAACGCGCAUCCACAAACACACUCACACACACACAUAACUAAUCAACUGUAAAUUGCAAACAAACAAACCAAAACUAAAACAUAAAACAGCUAAAAGAAAAUUAUAUACUAAAACAGCUGUUUGUUUGGGAGGAAAGCGUUUGAGCAGAGGGCAGCCUGUGAUGUGACUUCGCGCAGGCGUAUGCGUGAAAAAAGAAAUAUCGUAUUUUAAAUUUACAUAUACA